AUGAUCAACGACUCCGCAGAGUUGGGAGAAGUGAACGUUUCUCUGAUCUCCAACCAGAGCGGCUUCCCUCCACUGCGCCUGGAGUCCCGCUCCCUGGUCACUUCUGCCAGCAUGUUCGCCGUGGGCGUCCUGGGGAACCUCAUCGCCAUCGUGGUGCUCUGCGUCUCCAAGAAGGAGCAGAAGGAGACCACCUUCUACACGCUGGUGUGCGGCAUGGCCAUCACCGACCUGCUGGGCACCUGCUUCACCAGCCCCGUGGUCAUCGCCACCUACGUGUCCAGCCGCUGGCCCGGGGGACCCCUGCUCUGCCACUUCUUCUCCUUCUCCAUGCUCUUCUUCGGCUCGGCGGGGAUGUGCAUCCUGUGCGCCAUGGCCGUGGAGCGCUACCUGGCCAUCAACCACGCCUACUUCUACUCGCAGCACGUCGACCGCAGCAUGGCGCGCUUCGCGCUGCUGCUCACCUACUUGGCCAACAUGGUGCUGGGCAUCAUGCCGAGCUUCGGCUUCGGGCAGCACGUCCGGCACUUCCCGGGGACCUGGUGCUUCCUGGACUGGAGGGCGGCGGACCCGCUGGGCGCCACUUAUUCCCUCCUGUACGGAGGAGUGAUGCUGGUUCUGAUCGCGGUGACGGUGCUGUGUAACCUGGCGGUCUGCAGGUCUCUGCUGGGCAUGAACCAGAGGACCGGGGUCUGCGAGCAGGGGGGGUCGCGACGCCGGUUCCUCCGCCUGCCCUCGGUCACGUCCGCGGCGGAGAUCCAGAUGUUCUGGCUCCUCAUCUUCAUGACCAUCGUCUUCCUCGUCUGCUCCAUCCCUCUAGUGGUGCGGAUCUUUGUCAACCAGCUCUACGACCCUGCCUACAUCUCCGCGGGCGGGAAACCAGACUACCGCAGCGACCUGCUAGCAAUCCGCUUUGCCUCUUUCAACCCCAUCCUGGACCCCUGGGUCUACAUUCUGUGUCGGAAGAACUUGCUGCUGAAGGGCUGCGAGCAGGUGAAGAGGACGGUGUCUGUGGUCAAAGGAGCACAGAGGGAGAACAUUGUGGAGAGCCAGCACUCUCCUCCGUCCCUCCACAGCAACGACACCAGCUACGCCUCACUGCGCACGGCUGGCUACCGGAACAACGUGGACAACAGAAUGUCCAUGAAAAACGAGUCGUUCAUGGACUUCACCAUGAGACAAGCGUGGGAGUUUGACACGGCGCAGGUCAACUUUCACCCCUUCUGUGUGGAAGCCACCAUGACAGAGCAGGAGGUAGUUGAGGCUAAGGAAGCCGUGGUGGGAAGGACGACGCCUCUGUUGUCUUCACAUGCGCAUCAAGGAGGCGUGGUCAUGUGCACGUUCAGCACGCCGAGUUCAUGUCAGUCCGUGAAGUGUCUUUGACGGACAGCACUCACUCAUUCUAGCACAUUUUAUUAUAUGAACAUAUAAAAUUAGACUCAUGUGAUGCAACAAGGCUGCGCUCCAGCGUCACCUGGUGGAGAAAGUUCAAAUAUCUUCAUGAGUGAAGGAUGGAGCCUUUUCAUCAUGAGGUUCAGCCUAGAAGAAGGAGCAGAGACUGAAGAACAAGACACAAGCCUCGAUGUCUCCUUGAUGCCUGGUAUUCUGGGCAUGUCCAACCCCAAGAGGAGGAGUCUGGUCCUCUUCACUUCAGCAGCUGCCCCUGCGACCUGAAAAUGGAUGGAUGGGGACCAUAAAAAAAUGGAGUCUCUUUCACAAUUCUGAAAUACCUCCACAAACAGUGAGCCCGCAUGUAUCUGAGCCGUCCAACCUCUCAUCCUACCUCAUCUUUCUGGCCGCUCCAGGAUCCCUGAGGCCCCACGAUCACCAUGCCGAUUAUCGGCGGCUCCUUCUAAGUUUAAAGUGUUUAAACAUUUUCAUCUGUUGCCUUAUAUAAGAGCAUCGUUCCCCAUACUGUUAACUUGAGAAGAAAAACUGAAACCUUUUGUGACUGGACACACGAAACUGUCUCACAUCUUAAAACACCUUCAGAUGUGUGGUCUGCUACAACACAUAUAGUUUGUAUGCAACUUCAUCUGCUCAAAAUUAUUUCUUCCAAACAUGGAACGACAGGCGAUGAUGAAAUCAUUUUAUACCCCAUGGGUACAGAUAACUGUUGUGUGGUUGUGGUGGCUGUUGUUCAUGAGUCUGCUGCUAUUAUUGUGUAACUCUCCUCACGCCACGUGAUGCAGGGAAGACCUUUUGUCGAGUCAUGUUUUGUACAUUUCAUGUUUGGUGAUGGACACAUGUAACAACUGUGAUGUGAAAUAAA